GGUGGAGGACAAUAUGGACCUACAGGUGAUGGGAAAUCCGUUGGGAGCUAUGGCGGCCUCGGUGCCGGCAUGGGAGGAGAACCUGCCCCGGGACAAUAUGGAUACACUGGGUUCCCCAAUGCUGGUCAACACCUCGGUCAUGGCAGUAACGGGAAUAUAGCUGGAAAAUAUGGUUAUGGAAGAAUGCCUUAUGAAGCUCAGCCGGCUGCACUGAGCCCCCAAGUCAAAUCUGCUGGACAAUAUGGUCAGCCUGCGUCACCAUAUCAGCCUGAACAUCUCGGACUUGGACACAAUGGAAAGCUGAGCAGCCAAUAUGGUGGCGGAGAUGUUCCCUACACACCACAACCUGUUGGUUAUGGGGGCGAAGCCGAAUCUGCUGGGAAAUACGGCAACCAGGGGGCGUACCCCUCACAGCCCCUUGAAUCAGUAUCUGAAGGCAGAUCUGUUGGAGAUUACGAAACGGCUGGUUUACCAUACGAGUCCCUGCCCUCUGAGCCAGAUUCACCUGGAAAGUCUUAUGUGAAGGGAGAACUUCAGGCUCCAGUGGCUGCAGCAGAGAGCGAGGGGAUGUCUGUGGAUGGAUAUGAUAAUAUGGGCUAUAUUAACGGACAUGUGCAACCUGAAGCGGUGUCAUUUCCUGCUCCCACUCCGGAGCCCACCCUGGCCUACCCCUCGGUCCCGUCCUAUCUGCCUCUAGAAGCCUCCUUCACACCUGAUGUGUUGCAUGGAGAGGGCGUGGAAGACCUGCCCGAGUCUGCAGGCCCUGCUGACCUCGGUCUGGAUUCUGCAGCCGCCACGGAAACGCACGGCGCGGUCGAGGUGCCUGAAGAGUCCGACGACCUGCCACGGCAGAUCCACAUUCAACAGCAUCUCAAGCUGCAUUUUCACCCACAAGGAGCAAAGGAUAGAAAAUAUAAUCUGAAUGGCUUCUUUGGGAACAGUGGUUAUCAAGGCAUGCCACUUGGCCAGCUCAACAAGUCGCUCGCUUGGAAUUACACCUGUCCAAUGAUGGGUCUCGAGGAGCAGACCUCCCCGGGAGCUGUGGUCAUGACUGUGCGACAGCGGAGUCCUGAGCAGAGCGCGGCCUCUUCUAGGAUGUAG